ACACAAGAAAGAAAGAGGAUAACACAAAACCCCUUUCGUCUUCCAAUCCACCUCACAUACACAACAGCGAUAAUGGCGGUUUCUUCUGGGACCUUCUCCACCUUCCUCUGCAUCAAACCGGCACCGUUCCGCGUCGGACCGACUCCCUCUUCUCUCCGACUAGCCUCUCACCCGGCUCAACUGCGUGCGGUAACAUCUGCGACGGCGUCUUCGGAACCCACAGCAACCAACAAGAGAGUGCCACGCGGCAUCAUGAAGCCUCGACCAGUGUCUCCGGAGAUGCAGGACGUCGUCGGACUAUCUGAAAUCCCUCGCACUCAAGUUCUCAAGCGUAUUUGGGCUUACAUCAAAGAAAAUGACCUUCAAGACCCACAAAACAAGAGGGAAAUAUUGUGCGAUGAGAAGCUGAAGAAGAUAUUCGAAGGAAGAGAACGAGUCGGGUUCUUGGAGAUUGCAAAGCUCAUCGGUCCUCACUUCCUCUGAUGGAAAUUUCCUCAAAACAAUGUUUUCGGAUGGUAGCCUAUGUUUUGUUUAGCAGUUAGGGCCAUGAAAGGUUAAUGAAAGUUCGGGUAAGACUUAGCUUAAGAUUAGUAAAACUAGUGUUUAAAUAGUUUUUGCGAAGAAAGUACCUGAAAGGAGCUGUUUCUAUUGUGGCCUUCAAUGAAUGUUUUGUAGACUUCGCUUCCUAAUAUUUGCAUUCUCGUUUCCAUUUCAGA